AUGUCCUAUGCGGUCGAGUCCAAGAAGCGCAAAUUCCAUCGCAUGCUGGAAUCAAUUUCAAAGCCCCUGGCCAUCGAAAAUGCUUCGAAGAAUCCUCCCUCCGCGUCAACCAUGGCCACCCAAGAUCGUACGCCCGCCGAGCUCUCUAUCAAGAAAGUAAGACUGGACAACAACGAUCCUCAGGAUUUUGCCGCUGUGCGCAACUCGACACAAAAGAUCGCCAGACCCGCAGUGAAACGAUCAUCCUCUUCAGCCUCUGCUUCCACGACGCGCCCAACAUUUGUCCCUUGGGAUCGUGAACGGUUCCUUGAGCGCCUCGAGACUUUUCGUCGCGUCGACCGUUGGACGUCGAAACCUGCUGCGAUCAAUGAAGUACAAUGGGCCAAGCGUGGGUGGGUGUGCACGGAUGUCUCGCGAGUCAGCUGUGUGAGUAGCUGUGGUGGUUCGGUCGUUGUGAAACUACCGGACGAGAUUGAUGAAUUGGAUGGGUUUGAUAUGGAGAAGGUGCAAGAAAGGAAACAAGUUCGCUCGAGACUGGUCGAGGAAUACCAGAAGCAGAUAACAGAAGAGCACGGUGAGAAUUGUCCGUGGAGACAUAGGGGAUGCGAUGCGACAAUUCAACAUCUUCCCUUGACCAAUGUGGAUGUGGCUAUCUCCGGCCUUCAGAGUCGGUACUCGCAUCUAAUUCAUUUGGCCGACAAGCUUCCAGCUUUUGACACUCUACUUACGCCAGCCGAGUUUGACAUUGAGAGCUUAGCUGAAUCACUUCCAGUCGACUGGUUUGAUACUGCUGGUCGAUCAAUGCAGGAACCCAUUGAGAGGCGUGACGGGAGCAAUGAAGAAGUCUCGACUCCCCCACCAGUGGAUUCGUCCUCCAGGGCCGUGAACAAAACAGCACUCACAUUGGCAUUUUUUGGCUGGGACUCCACGACUGAUCCGCGCGCUGAUCUUGUCGCUUGCCAGACCUGCUUCCGUCGCUUGGGGUUGUGGAUGUACAAACCGAAAGAGAAUGGAGACCCAACCGUCUUCGACUCCCUCGAUGUGACGACAGAGCAUAUGGACUAUUGUCCAUGGAUUGAUCGUGUCGCGCAGAGCGGAACUGGCAAAUCUAAUCAAAACCCAGCUAGCCUUCGCAGUGGCUGGGAGAUGGUCGCCGAGGCUGUCAAAGUGAAGCACCGCAGGCAAGUACGCUCUGUCGUCUCGGUGGAUAGUCCUCGCCAUGAACCCAGUACGCCGUCUGCCGAAGAGCUAGGUGCAAAGAGUCCGGAGGAUGAGGAGAAGAAGAAAGCGGCAGAUCGGGAAUGGUGGGCAAAAAUUCGACGUAUGAGGCAGGUUUUGACUCACAGGACCCCACGCCGCAAGCCUGCGCCGCCCUCAUGA